GCACUUAGUUCAUCAUACUGUACCCUGGAUCUGUCUCUCAGUGUCUUAGUUGGACCCUCAACACAACCAACUGAAGCUUUUCCUACGAUGGGAGACUCUUUCAUCAUCGCUAUAGACUUUGGGACUGCAUACAGCGGCUAUGCCUUCAGUUUAACCUCCAGAGGAGAGGAAAUUGAUCCUUAUUUGAAGGUCUGGGGUGAAGAAGUUGGCCUGGAAACCCCAAAGACUCCCAGCUGCAUCCUUUUUGAUAAACAAGAAGAGUUUGUGAGCUUUGGUUAUGUAGCCAGGGAAGAUUAYCUUUCAAAAAAGGGUCAAGAAGCGAGAGACAUGUUCUUCUUUGACUGCUUCAAGAUGGCGCUCUAUGACAAUGAAAUCAACAGAGAUCUGAUGAUCAAAGCAGCCAACGGGAWGUCGAUGAAGGCGCUGAAGGUUUUUACAGAAGCUCUGAGAUUCCUGAAGUAUGACGCUWUGGAAACCAUCAACUCCAAUGCAAAAGGGAGAAAGUUCAUKCCCUCUGACUUCACCUGGGUCCUGACGGUUCCUGCCAUCUGGGAUCCUUCAGCCAAACAGUUCAUGAGRGAAGCUGCAACCCAGGCAGGCAUUGUGUCAGAGGGAAAUGAAGAUAAACUGGUGAUUGCACUGGAACCAGAAGCUGCUUCAGUUUGGUGUAAGAAGCUUCCAGCUGAUGGUUUCAUCACCCAGAMCAYCAGCAGAAACACCCUGGAUCRGUCUCCAGGAACUCAGUACAUCGUUGUCGAUUGUGGAGGUGGAACUAUUGACAUCACUGUUCAUGAAGUCCUAGAAGGAGGAACCUUAAAGGAGCUGCAAAAGGCCUCUGGAAACGACCUGGGAGGACAAAAUGUAGACAGAAAAUUUAAACAGUUCCUCAGAGAAAUAUUCUGUGAUGGAGUCUGGGACAAAUAUGAACAAAACUACCCUGGUGAAGUUCAAAAUAUAAUGUAUGACUUCACACUUUUCAAAAAGGGGGAUAAAGAUAUAGAAAUCACCUGCUCACUUAACCUGGGAAGAUUGAGAUCUGUGGAAUAA